AUGAGUCUUGUUGUCACUGGCGAUUCUAUGACUGACCAAAUUUUGUUGCAGAAAGAACUAGAUGGGAUUUUGAGAGAUUAUGUUGGCAGAGAAAGUCCUCUUUAUUUUGCAGAACGGCUCACUGAGCACUAUAAGCAUCCCAAUGGGGAAGGGCCACAUAUAUACCUCAAGAGGGAAGAUCUUAACCACACUGGGGCUCACAAAAUCAACAAUGCCGUUGCCCAAGCUUUGCUUGCCAAGCGUUUGGGGAAAAAGCGAAUUAUUGCUGAAACUGGGGCUGGACAGCAUGGAGUUGCCACCUCUACAGUAUGUGCUCGGUUUGGUUUGCAGUGUGUUAUCUAUAUGGGUGCCCAAGAUAUGGAGAGACAAUCACUGAAUGUCUUUAGAAUGCGGCUUCUUGGAGCUGAGGUUUGUUUUGCAUGCUUAUUUCUACUUAUUUUAAAUUAUUAG